GCACAAAGGUGGUAGACAGACCAAGCAGGCUCAGAACUCACAGUACCCAGGAUUCGAUGAUUUGAGUUGGGAGGACAAAGACUAGUAUUAUUUCUUAUUGUUGUUGCAUUGUCGAGAAGGAACCUGCAAGUAAGAAUUUCAUUGGAAGGUGUAUCACCAUACAUACGACUAAUAAAACCUGUAACUUCUCUGUGCCAACUCCACAAUGGCACAAGCAAAGGUUGAGUGAGUCGUGAUGGCUUCCUGCACGGUGUCUAUCCUCUUCCUUCUCAUCGUUGCAAUGUCAGCAGCAGAGCCGCCAGGCUGCAAGAUCCGGAUCACAAACAGAGGCCUCGAAAUGUUGAAGUACGAGACCCAGAAGUUUGUGGUGGAGGAACUGAGCAACAUCACCAUGCCAGAGAUGAAGGGCAAUGAGGGCCGCUUCGAGUACACCAUCAAUGAGGUGAAAAUAAAUGAGUUGAACCUGACCUACGCAGACCUGGCAUUUCAGCCUGGUCUGGGACUGCUCUUCGAGGUGCAGAACUCGUCCAUCGCCCUCAGCUUCCAGAGACGCAUCCUGUAUUGGUUCUUCUAUGACACGGGAGCCAUCAACGCCUCUGCAGAAGGCGUGAACAUCCACACUGUCCUGCACAUGACCAAAGAUGAGUUGGGUCGUCUCAAGAUCUCCAACAUCACCUGUGAUGCGUCCAUCGGCAAAAUGAAAAUGAAGUUCACUGGCACCUUAGGGAGGGUGUAUGACUUCUUGGCAACGUUCUUGACCACAGGAAUGCGCUUCCUUCUUAACCAACAGAUCUGCCCUGCCAUGAACCACGCUGGUUUGGUUCUAAUCAACUCUUUGUUGGAGACAAUUCCAGUGCGAACUGAGGUGGAUAAGUACGUGGGGAUCGACUACUCUCUCCUUAGUGACCCAGUGGUGACUUCAAGGAGUCUUGACAUGGAUUUCAGGGGCAUGUUCUUUGAGCUCGGGAACGAGAACAACACCUUGGUCAACUAUGCCGUCAACCCAAUCGUGAGAGAGUACGAUCGAAUGGUCUACCUGGGUCUGUCUGAGUACUUCUUUGACAGUGGGUUGUACUCCUAUUAUAAAGCCGGCAUAUUCCAAAUGAAUAUCGCCAACGAGCGCAUGCCAAAGGAUCUGGAGAUGCUCCUCAGGACAACCUAUUUUGGCACCAUUAUGAUGAUGAACCCAGCCCUGGUGGAGUACCCUAUCUCCCUGCGACUGGAGUUGAACUCUGCCCCCAAGACUACCAUCAAGACCUCCGGGGCUACUGUGGCCGUCACCGCCAUCACCACGGUGAUGGUGCUGCCGCCCGGCACGGCGCCUGUGCAGCUCAGUAGCAUGACCAUGGAGGCCAAAUUCAAUGCCAAGGUGUCCAUGAAGGGCAAGAGACUGGCUGUCCUUGCAGACUUGAGGAGGUUUAAAAUCUUCUCCAACCAGUCUGCUUUGGAAUCACUGGCGCUUAUUCCCCUACAAGGCCCUCUGAAGACUAUGCUGCAGAUCUCAAUAGUACCCAUCAUCAACAACUGGACCAAGAGAGGUGUCUCGAUCCCUCUUGCAGAUGGUUUGGACUUCGUAGAGGAAGUGGUGGAGUAUCACAACGGUUACCUCAUCAUCGGGGCAAACCUACAUUUCAGCAAGGGACUGAGGGAGAUGAUCGAGAGGAAAAUCCAGACUGAUGCCGAGAACGCCAUCUAAGAGGUUUCGCCACCUGAAAUAACUAAGGAUAUAGAUAUCUUAGAUAACUAUCCAAUCCUGCAUUUCAACGUCACUUCUAUGUUCAACAUGUAGACUUGUGUAAGUCUACAAACCAUGCAGAUCACACACAUUAAGGCUUCAAGAUAAGGCGCUAGGCUACGUGUCCAAUAUCUGAGAUAAAAAUUGGACAAAA